UCCUCCGGCAGCUGCGGGCGUUGGCAGCGGCGCAGGCGGUGGCUGCCGUCCGCGCCCAGCCCGCGGGAGCCGAGGGGCGACCGUCCCGCUGCCCGCACCGCUCGGUCUCGCCAUGUUCCAGCUCCUGCGAGGCCUCGUCCUCCCGGCGGCUGCCUGCGACGGGAGCAGGGAUGGCGACUCCCGGUACGCCAACCUCUUCAGGAAGCUGGACCUCAACGAAGACGGCAGGGUGGAUAUUGCCGAGCUCCAGACGGGUCUCCGCGCCAUGGGCAUCCCCCUGGGAAAAGAGGCGGAGGAGAAAAUUUUUAAAGCUGGAGAUACUAACCAGGAUGGCCAGCUAGACUUUGAAGAAUUUAUGCAGUAUCUUAAAGAUCAUGAGAAGAAGAUGAAACUGGCAUUUAAGAGCCUGGACAAAAACAACGAUGGAAAAAUUGAAGCAUCAGAAGUUGUCCAGUCACUCAAGAUAUUGGGUAUAAGCAUUUCAGAAAAACAGGCAGAAAAAAUCCUGCAAAGUAUUGAUGCUGAUGGGACAAUGACAGUAGACUGGAAUGAGUGGAGAGAUCAUUUUAUGUUUAACCCAGCUACAGACAUUGAGGAAAUAAUUCGAUAUUGGAAACAUUCCACUGUGUUGGAUAUAGGUGACAGUUUGACUGUCCCAGAUGAGUUCACAGAAGAAGAGAAGAAGACAGGACAGUGGUGGAAACAGCUGUUGGCAGGAGGAGUGGCUGGUGCUGUCUCUCGAACAGGUACAGCACCAUUAGAUCGCCUUAAAGUGAUGAUGCAGGUUCAUGGUUCAAAGUCAAACAAAAUGAAUAUAGCCAGUGGUUUUAAGCAAAUGUUGAAAGAAGGUGGUGUCCGAUCUCUCUGGAGGGGAAAUGGUGUAAAUGUUGUGAAAAUAGCUCCUGAAACAGCUAUCAAGUUCUGGGCCUACGAACAGUAUAAGAAGAUACUCACUAAGGAUGAUGGAAAGUUAGGCACUGUUGAAAGAUUUGUGUCUGGUUCUUUGGCUGGAGCAACAGCCCAAACUUCUAUUUAUCCCAUGGAGGUUUUAAAGACCAGAUUGGCCGUGGGUAAAACAGGGCAAUAUUCUGGGAUGUUUGACUGUGCUAAGAAGAUUUUAAAAAGAGAAGGUGUAAAAGCCUUCUACAAAGGCUAUAUUCCUAAUAUUCUGGGUAUAAUUCCUUAUGCUGGCAUUGACCUUGCUGUUUAUGAGCUCUUGAAGAGCACAUGGCUAGAACACUAUGCAUCGAGCUCUGCUAACCCAGGUGUUUUCGUGUUGCUGGGAUGUGGUACUGUUUCCAGCACGUGUGGGCAGUUAGCCAGUUAUCCUCUUGCUCUUGUCAGAACACGUAUGCAGGCUCAAGCCUCAUUGGAAGGAACUCCACAGCUAAACAUGGUUGGUCUCUUUCAAAGAAUUGUUGCUACAGAGGGAGUCAGAGGACUUUAUAGGGGCAUAGCCCCUAAUUUUAUGAAAGUGCUUCCAGCUGUCAGCAUCAGCUAUGUUGUAUAUGAGAAAAUGAAGCAGAAUUUGGGAAUAGCAUGAAAUGAAGGAAAAAGGAGAUCAUGCCUGUUUUACUCAUUGGCUUUUGGGUUUUUUUUAAAUUUGUCCUCUGUAAUUGUAUAUUUGGCUUGGAUCAAAGAAAAGGUAGGAGAAAUUCAUACUGCCUUGAUGCUGAGUAUGUGAAAGUGACUUUUUGUUUUGUCAUGCUGCCUAUACUUGAGUGAUUCACAGGCAAUAUUUUGCACGCCUGCAAGUGAGCACUUACUGUUGUGAUUUUUAAAGACUUAAGUUCAUUGGAAAUAGAAUCUCAGAUACAGAUAAGGAUGGAAUAACCUGUUAAAAUGUAGCCCAUCACCUUUACCUUCAGGCUAUCUUUUUUUGUGUUUUCAUGUAAAGACUAAGAGCCUGAGCAACUGCUGUUCCGUGCUGUCAGAAUACCUCAGGUGAAUUUACACAGUGUUUUUGUAAUACAAUCAAUGAUUUCCAUAACCUGCUUCACUGGGCCUGCUUUUCAUUGCACUUGUAAAUAUUAGCACCAUUAACUAUGAGAAGCUUUGGGUUGCAGCCACAUGUUUUGUAGGAUCAUAAUCUACAGGAAGAGAAAAGGCUUAGUUUACUAGAUCCAUUCCAUACAAGUGCCCAUUGCUGUUUAAAAACAGGAUGCAGGAUCCAGUAUUAAGCUGAGAGUGAUUGUAAUACAGCCAAUAGUGGAGCUUAUCACAGCUGCCUUGGGGAGAGAAAUGCCAAUCAUUUUGGACUCUUUAUCCUCUCUUACUCACUCAGAGUGCUGCAGUCCACUAUGUGCUUUUUAGCCAACAAAGGGUUGCAUUAUUAUGUAAGGAUUGUACAGGUUUGUCAUGUGAGCUAAAUCCUUUUUCCCCCAGUCUUCCGUGAACGCUGGCUGUGUGUGUGACAUUGAUGGUAAAAUGCUGAAGCUUUUUGUCCAAGUAACCAAAUGGGCCUGCUGAUCUCAGGUGCCCAUCAGGUUGAUGUUAGUGAAGCAAGCAAAGCAUGCACACGGAACUUAGUAGUGCAUGAGAAACGGCUUCAUCUCCAAAAACGAAGCAGCACUUCCUCAAUGCAGAAAGUUAGGUAUUUCCAUGUAGAAGUACUUCCAAAGUGACUUCCUUUUUUUGGGGGAGUAAGAGGGUGGUGGUGGGAUGAUGCCACAUUUCAGUUGCCUUCAGAUCUGAAGACUGAAAUACAGUAACAAUCAUUGCUGACUCAUUUGUUACACUUUUACUGCUGUGAUGUGUGGUGUCUUAAUCUUUUAUCUUCAAGAUUGUAUGUAUCUUGACUUUCUCAAAGCAACUGCUCAUAGACCACUUCCUGAAAUUGGAUUAUUGAAGAAGGAGCUUUAUUCCUGUGAGGUCAUUAAGGGUGUUGUUUUUAAAUGUUCAGAGGUUUUUUUACGAACAAAUAAGAAAGCGAAGAUGAAUAACUGCCUGAACCUCUCUUGUUUCACAUCAUGUUUAGGCCAUGUUUUUCAAACAACAAUCAAUUGUAAAUUUGUGCUCAGUGCUUCCAUCUAUAACAACUCCAUAAAUUUUGUAUUAUAAACUGUUGUUUUGUCAGAUUUCAGCAGGUGGCAGCUGUAGCUGUGCCUUUUGGCCUUCCCUUUAGGAAAACCUUGGGCUUUGCACUUGUUAAGAAAUUUUUUAAUAACCCCAUUCUCUUCACAUGAUCCAGAUGUACAAUGCCUUCCUGAUCCAAAUGUUUCUUGGUUUUGCCAACAGUUUUGUAUCAUUGUGGGAUUUGUGAGAUAAGUUCCCCAUCAUUUCAUUGGACUGUGACCAAUGAGCAAAUGUCUCGUGUGUGUGUGUAUGUGAUGAGAAGAUGACUUAAGCAGUGUCAGUCUUCCGGACUUACUCCAUCUGGUUUAUAGUGUGCAAGUGCCGUUAUGAGUGACAAUUAUGGUAAUGAUGUUUCCCAAACAUGAUGUUGAAAAGAUGAAGGUCUAUCAAAGUUAAUUUUUCAUAUGUGCCUUUAUGAUAACUGUGUUCAAUUAUGUAUUCUUUGUCUCUUAAAUGUAUGUUUACCUUUUUAUCUCUAUAGAGUUAUCAAUUUCUAAUAAAUGUUUGUUUCCUUA